AUGAUGAUGGGUCACGUCGGGUUGUGGUGCGAUGUUCGUGGAGGAACGUCUCCGCAGUGAAGUGCAGUGUUCGUCUUCCACCCGCAGAAGCGAAAGGCGCUAUCGCCGAAUGCAAAGGCAAAGGCGUUACUGUUGUUGUUGUUGCUGUUGCUGUUAUUUAAGGAGGGGUUUCGGAGCAAUCUUGUCGGAGGAAGAGGGAUCUGUGCGUUUGCACCGUUUGUAAUCUUACACCGGGGUCUUGCGAUCGCAGUUUCGAAAGGAAUCUAAUCUAAUGAUGCAUUGAUCUGAAGCAAAAAGGCUAUUUCGCUUCAUUAUUGAAAUCUAUUUUUAACACUGCAAUGGCUGGAAAAUCAACUCUACUGAAGGUGAUCCUGCUGGGUGAUGGUGGAGUAGGGAAAAGUUCACUCAUGAAUAGAUACGUUUCCAAUAAGUUUGAUAUACACUUAUUUCAUACAAUAGGGGUUGAAUUCUUAAACAAAGACUUGGAAGUAGAUGGACAUUAUGUGACCAUGCAAAUAUGGGAUACCGCUGGUCAAGAGCGGUUUAGAAGCCUACGGACACCGUUCUAUCGAGGCUCUGAUUGCUGCCUCCUUACAUUUAGUGUAGACGAUCACCAAAGCUUCUACAACUUGGGCAAUUGGAAAAAGGAAUUCAUUUACUAUGCAGAUGUAAAAGAACCAGAAAAUUUCCCAUUUGUAAUUCUGGGUAAUAAAAUUGAUGUCAGUGAUAGACAAGUUUCAACUGAAGAAGCUCAAGCCUGGUGUAAGGAUAAUGGUAACCAUCCUUACUUUGAAACCAGUGCAAAAGAUGCCACCAAUGUUGCAGGGGCCUUUGAAGAGGCUGUUCGUCGAGUUCUUGCUGCCGAGGAUAGAUCUGAGAGUUUCAUGCAAACGGACACAGUGAAACUAAAUCAAGGAAGGAAACAUAGGUCUACUUGCUGCUGAUUCUGUUCUCUUAAGAAGGAGCAAUAAACUUUCCACUGUGUGCCACUUUCCUAGACUGGUAUUAAUUGGGGUUGUACAAAUGCUCAGAUCUGCGUAAACUUUAAUUUUGAAGAAAAUGGUGCCAGCCAACUGAAUUAAUUGAGGGGUGACAAUUUGAUAAAUGUUGCUAUACAAAGAAUAUCCAGAAAACUGUCCUGGCUACGGGUAUGACCCUCCUCCAUUUUGUCACAAUGAUUGGGCCAUUGUAUUUGCUUUUUGAGUUGGUUGCUGGGAUGCUUGCUUAACCCAGUUAUUUCUGGAGUUAAGUUAUAUUCAACAGCUGCAACUGCCUUCUGGCCAACCAUUAAGACAAAAUUGGAAGGGGAGAUUGUGCCGUACAUUAAUAAGGCAGAAUAUUCUGCAAUGUGAAUCACUCCUUACAGUUUUGCCAUAGACUGGUUUGCUGCAAACAAUAUAGAUACGCACAUGUACGCACAAAAUUAUAGGUGUGCUGCCAACUGUUUUUUAUUGUUGGUUGGAUGUGAUUAGACACAAAAUAAUUUUUCAAAUUUCAUUUUUUUAGAUUGUAAAAAUACUUCAAAAACAAGAGUAAAAAGAGUUCAUUUUGGUAUCAACAAUGAGGCAUUUCUAACCAAAAUUUCUAACUUCUUUUGAGAACAGCAAUACUAGAGGCCAUUUGAGACAAUGUUUUGGAAUUUAAUAAAUGAAACGUCUGCCAUUGCUAUACACUGUUGUUUUCAACAAACAUUUAUUUUCUGAAUGCAAUUCUUUUCAUAUUUUGGUCAUUACUGGAUAUUGAUGUAACAUGAAAAUAUAUGUUGGUUUUGCACUAUUUGAAGGAUCAUUUUCUCUUUUCUAAUGUGCUCUGACCACAAACUAAAUUGAAUACAUUCAGUUUUCUGAGCAGCAUUGGAGGAAUCUUACAAUUGUUUACAAAAUUUAUGUCUAAUCUCAUUCCCAAUAUUUGAAUUCUGAUUAACUAGGGUUUUUUCUAUCACGUUGUGUGUUUUGCUUUCCUUUCUUAAGUGGAGCUUUUGCAGAGCACCACUGAGAAUGUCAUCUAUGUCUGGUAUAGCUUACAUUUGCUUAAUGUGGCAAUGUCAAGUAACCAUGAGAUUGUUUGCUAUUUUAGGGGUUUGAAGAAAAGGUAGCAUGUUUGCUCAAAAACCCUGCUGGAUCAGUCGGCUAUUGAAGGGUUCAUUUUGUUAAUAUACAGAUAAAUCAAGAAAAGCAUUGUGAUCAUGAAAUGAUGUAAAGUACAAUAUAUUUAGAAAUAUCCUGUAAAGAAUAGAGAUGCAAUUUGAAUUUCCUUUACAUGUGUUAAAAAAAAGUAAUGGUAGGUUCAGUUCUUACUUUCUGUUAUUUGAAGUAGCUCUGAAUUAUAUAUUUUUUCCUCAGGAUUUAAUGUAACCUGUAAACAAAAUUUAUACUUGUACAUACUCUUAUUCUGGAUAUUAAGAUGUCAGAUUGCAUAAAUAUAUCUACUGGA